AUGGCCACCAUAAAGGCCAUCGAAGCCAAAUCAGUACAUCAAAUUCAGUCAGGCCAAGUUAUCGUCGACAUCUCCUCUGUCGCCAAGGAAUUGAUUGAGAACAGUCUUGAUGCCGGGGCCACCUCGGUGGAGGUUCGUUUCAAAAACUAUGGCUUGGAUGCCAUCGAGGUCCAAGACAACGGAUCUGGCAUCGCUCCGGCCAAUUAUGAACACAUCGCGUUGAAGCAUUACACCUCCAAACUCUCAAGCUACGAUGAACUGUCCAACCUACAGACUUUUGGGUUCCGGGGUGAAGCACUUUCAUCUCUCUGUGCACUAUCCAGGUUCUCAGUCACAACAGCACAGUCCGAUGAAGUUCCAAAGGGGAAGCGCCUGGAGUUCGAUAUCAUGGGUAAACUAAAAUCUACAACAAUAGUCGCCUCGCAAAAAGGCACCACUGCUUCUGUGGAGGGCUUGUUCGAGAGCUUGCCCGUACGCCGGAAAGAACUCACCAAAAACAUCAAACGCGAAUAUGGAAAGGUCCUUGGUCUGCUUCAGGCAUAUGCCUGUAUAUCCGUCAACGUCAAAUUUACAGUCAAACAUGCUGUGACGAAAGGUAAAAGUAUGACAGUGUUCUCGACCAAAGGCAAUGCAAGCACACGAGAUAACAUUGCAAACGUCUAUGGAGCGAAGACUCUGAGUGCUUUGGUGUCCCUAGACUUGACACUUGAAUACCAGUCGACAUUGACACAAAUGGCCCGGAAAGAGAAACACACCAACAUCCAAGUGCAAGGCCACAUAUCGAGGCCUGUCUUCGGUGAAGGGAGACAAACACCGGACCGCCAAAUGUUUUUCGUCAAUGGUAGACCUUGCGGGCUGCCUCAAAUUGCGAAAGCCAUCAAUGAAGUAUACAGAUCAUUCAACGUAUCGCAGUCGCCAUUCAUAUUUGCGGACUUUCGAAUGGAUACAAAUACCUACGAUGUGAAUGUGUCUCCAGACAAGCGAACUAUACUACUCCACGACUCAGCGUCACUUAUUGAAAGUCUCAAGGGCGCGUUGACCGAGAUGUUUGAUCAGCAGGAGCAAAUCGUACCUCAAUCACAGCUCCGAGUCCCCAAGCUUCCAGUGUUCAAGAGCUUGGCUUUACAACGACAGAGUUCCAGGCUGUCACCUGAGAAUGAUUUUGGGGGAGCAUCCGCACUUGAAAAAUCUGCAGACCAAGGAAAUAGCGACGAUGUAGACUAUGAGGAAGACUCUCCUAGACCCUUGCCGCGAGAACAUUUCCGGACCUUUACUAGCACGAAAGAAAAACCAGAGCCUGGCGGAGAUGAAAAGUGGGACGCCAAGGUGCAAACGAAUCGAGAGCGAAAGGCUACAAAUGCCACGGAGAAGCUGGCUGAAGACGCUGAGAGAGAGACAGAAGAAGAUACAGUGGACAUCGUUGGUGAACAGACCGAGGAAGAAGGAGGAGAAGAAGAGGAAGACGAGCCAUCACAGGUUGGUCCCAGCAAGAUACAUGUCAGAGACUUCAAUGUACGAAUGGCCGAACAGCAGUUGAAAAGCCCCAUUGACAAAGCCUCGGUGGCAGCUAGGUACGAACAACAAAUUUCAAGCAAGCCAGCAGUUCAUCCACCACAGAACGAAUCCGGCCCUGUCCCAAACGCAUUCGAUAGAAUGAGGCCCAGAAGAACGCCAGCAGAGUUGGCGACCAUCACCAUUGGCGACAAGACGGUGACGACGGUGUUGGGGAUGCAAACAUUACAUCCCUCCGGUGGCGAAUCAGUGGCACCUCGUCGUCGAAAUGAUACGGCCUCAACAAUAUUUUCACAGAAAUUACAACGUUUUGGAGCUUCUAGAGCUGAAAUCACUGAAAAUGAAGACUCUGACGAGUCUGACAGAGAGGAUCACCCGGAUGCCGAGGAUGAGUCUGAAAUCGACGACCAACCCGAACACGCCUCAAGCGCGUCGGAACCGGAUGAGCCCGAUGGGACUGGAUCUGAUCCUUCUGCGAACGAAAUCGGUGAUCACUCAGAUGAAGACUAUAUCGACGAAGAUGAGAAGAAGAGAGCGGAGGAGGCUCGAGUGGCAGAACUGGUUCGAGCUGCCGAAGAAAGCUCCAACAUUCCAACCAAGGAAACCGUGAGGCGAGCAAGGAAGGCUUUAACGAGUGUUCAGGCAAGGAACUCAACCACCAACCUUGCAACAACUGUUGACGUUUCAAUACCAUCCAUCAGUCGACAGAUGUCGAGGCUAUGUGAGUCCAAGGCUGAAAUUGGUGACCAGCCUCAAUCAGCAUCCGAUGAACAGACAGAACGAAAUGCGGAAGAACGACUAUCAUUGACAGUUGCAAAAGCAGACUUCGCUAAGAUGAAGAUUGUAGGUCAAUUCAACCUUGGCUUUAUUUUGGCUGUGCGGCCACAUGAGCCUACUUGCGACCUGUCGAAGCCGUCGAAUGAAGAUGAGCUAUUUAUCAUUGACCAGCACGCUUCGGACGAAAAGUACAAUUUUGAAAGGCUCCAAGCAGAGACGGUAGUUGGCAACCAGAGACUAGUACGAUCAGUGAUCCUGGACCUGACGGCAGUUGAAGAAGAGAUUGUUCUCGAGAACCACGAGGUGUUGGAGAGGAACGGGUUCCUGGUUGAAAUCGACACAAGUGGUGAGAGUGUGGUCGGUCAACGCUGCAAGCUUAUCAGCCUACCUUUGAGUAAGGAGGUGGUCUUUAACACCAAGGACCUGGAGGAAUUGAUCCAAUUGCUCGCAGAAGCGCCCGGAUUGGGCGGCUCGGAGGUAGUUCGCCCAAGCAAAGUGCGGAAGAUGUUUGCGAUGAGAGCAUGUCGAUCGAGUAUCAUGAUUGGCAAAACAUUAUCGUGGAAGCAAAUGGAGAAAGUGGUGACACAUAUGGGGACCAUUGACAAGCCUUGGAAUUGCCCUCACGGUCGUCCCACGAUGCGACAUUUAUGUGGGCUGAGCCAGUUUGAGCCGUGGAGAGAAGGGAAUAGCGAAUACGGGGAAGAAGUGAUGGGUCUGGGGGAGGUGUUGCAGACAUAUGCGUCCGGCCACUGA